AUGGCAUCCCUCAGGGACGCCUACAUCGGCGAGACGCUGCAGCCCUUGACCGCCGACCUGGCCAGGGAUGCACUCCAUGCGAUGCCGGAGGCUCCGACAGGCUUCAUCGUCCAGUGGCUCCGCCAGCGGGUCCCAAACCACGAAGGGCCGAUGUCCCUCCGCCGUCGCAACGAGGCUUUGAAGCAGGAGAUGUCUGCCUUACAGGGCGACCUGGCUUCCAAGAUCACGAAGGAGAAACCUGCCGGGCUCGCGGACUGCACCGAGGACUGCGACAUGGACAUGCCUUUCGCGUUUCAGGGCCUGCCGCAGAUGCAAACUCCCUUCAAGCGGGGCCAGCUGUUGCAGUACCAGCCCCGCACGGACACCUGGGAGAAGGUCCUCGUUCUCCUCGGCCCCGGCAUCCUUGAGACCUUCAGCGACGCAUCUGGCGAGCGACUAGCCCGGCUGAUGCUGGGAGCCACCGGCUCCGCCAAGAUCGAGCACGAGAAGCUCCCGCCGGAGUUCGAGGGCUACGCCAUCGAAGUGUCGAAUUUGGUGCAGGCGGAGCCGGCGUUGACGCACCUGUGCCUGGCGGCACCAACGGAGGAGGCGAGGCGAGAGUGGCUCCUGGCCAUCAACGGCCACACCACGAUGCUGCUCUGCAAGAUGGGGGCCACUAUCGCCACGCUUUACGCAGAGCUUCAGAGGCUGAAGUCUGGCGCCGGCCUCGCACCGGCAAAGCCCGAAGGCGAAGAGAUGGCACAGUUGGUGCGCCGUCUGUCGCGGCUCGAGCAGCAGGUGCAGCCGGAAGAAGCCCAGGAGCCAAGGAAGCCGAAAAGGGCGGACGAUGAAGUUGAUCCGGCGAUGAUGCCCAAGGACUAUGACUCGGCGUUGGAAGAAUCUGGAGGGGAGACACGACUGCGCGAGUACAAGGCCUUCAGCCAGGAGUUGAAGGAGACAUAUAAGCCCAGCAAGGAUCUCGUCGGCAUGAUGGGCAAAGAUCGGCAGACGCGGCGGUCGCUUUCCACGAAGAUGAACUACCAGCCAUACAAAAACACGUUGAAGGAGCUCUAUGCAUUCUGCAAGGACAAAGCACCGAUGUUCUUCGCCAAAGUUCGGGCUGUGGCAGAACGCACGGGCGGUGAGAACGUGGAGCCGCCCCUGAAAAGCAUGGAGCGGUGCCGAGACAAAGCACAGUUCAAGUACAAGGACAAGAACGGCGACAUUUCGUGGCACAGAUUGACCGACAUCGUGAGGGACACCAUCGUUUACAAGAAUCUGGAUGACAUGUACAAAGGUCUCCGAGCGAUCCACGAAGACGAGGAGAUCGACAUUAUCGAGUGUAACGACCGUUACAUGAACCCGCUCGACGGAGGGUAUCGUGAUCUUCAGCUGAGCCUCCGCAUCGAAGGAAUGGUCUGUGAGCUGCAGCUGAACACGAAGUGGAUGCUGCACGUGAAGGAGAACGCGGGGCACCGGGCCUUCGAGGUCUCCCGCGAGGUCAUGGCAGCAGUUGCAGAGCCGAAUGCUGUGGAGAGGUGCCACAACAUCCUGCAGUGGGGUAAGGAGAACCUGGGCCCCAACGCCGACGCCGAACUCCAGGAGAUGCUGAAUGACGACAAGAAGGGUCUCCUUCACAAGGCGGCCAAAGCGGGCAACGCCCACCUCGUGAGCAUCUUCCUGGCCUUCCGCGCGGAUGUGAACCACAGGGAUCCCAAGAUGAUGCGGACGCCGCUGCACGAAGCCAUGGCGCAGGGCCACGAGCGGGCCAUGUGGGCCCUUCUCUGUGCUCGCGCCGACCUCCAAGCUCUAGAUCAGGACGGCCAGGUGCCCCUCCUGGAUGGCCUGUUGAAGCUUCGGCAAUCGGGAGGCGACGAAGGCGUCGCGCGCCUCGUCUCCGUGGCCGUCCAGUAUGCAGACGGCGGCCUGGACCAGCUGCGCGAGGCGAGGGAUGACCUGGGUGCUGCCGUGAAGCGCCGGCUGGUCCCAAGCCAGGAACUGAUUGCAUCCUGCGCCGAUGGGAAUCUUGCCAAGGUGAAGCAGUUGCUGACGGAGUGGGCCGACCCCAACACCACCAGCAGUGCGAAAGACGGUCACCCCCCGCUUCAUGCGGUGCUGCUGCGACCGCAAGGCCUCCAGCCAGUGCACUUCGAGAUCCUGAAGGCUCUGCUGGACAUGGAUGCCGACCUUGGCGUCACCACGGCAAUGCCAGCCGGAGAAACCCCUCGCACCUUCACGUUGCUCCACUGCGCACUCCACUCGAAGAGUAGCAAGGCGCUGAAGAUCCUCGUGGCCGCAGGGCUCCGGCACGAGGGGAAGCCGCUCAGCCAGGUGCUCGAUCCAGAUGAACUGCGAAGCGAAGAGCCCUCGGUCUGGUCGAUGCUGGCACCCAUGGGUGAGCGGCGGGUGCACUUGCUGGACGAAUCCCUGGUGUCUGUGGGGGAGAUGUUGGAGCUGGGGGCCACUCCUAGCCAGGUCAAGGCCUUGUGCAAGAACACGACACUGGAGACGCCGGACGAAUUCCUACAGCAGGUCGUGCUGAAGGGCUUGGGGGCCAAGGAGCUGGCAAAGAAGCUCCAGGACGACCCCCACUUCCUGGCUCCCACACUUCCGAUGCCACCUUUCGAUGCCGUGAGAGAGGCCCUGCAGCAGGCCCCGGCGGAUCUUCGGAACGACCGCGACGUCGUCCUGGCCUGCAUCAGCCACGAUGCUGCCUGCUUGGCCGAUGCACCAGAGGCCCUGCGCUCGGACCGAUCCUUCCUGCUGGAUGCAGUGCAGCGACAUCCCCGGGCCCUCGAGUUCGUGGGCGGCUUUCGGGAGGACCCUGACUUCGUCGAAGACUCGAUACGGCUCCACACGGCCGUGCUGAUGACGUCCGCUGGCGGCCCACAGGAGCUUUCCCUGAAGGCACUUUGCGCCCUGGACCUGCUCGAUGCCCAGCUCAAAAACGACUCGGCGGUAGCCUUCCAGGCCACACAGGCCUUGGCGCGAUGGGGCACCUGGAGGGACGUAGACUUCUCCCAGAUGGCUGAGCUGCGCAGCGUCCCGCAUGACUCGGAGGUGCUCUGCGCCUGCACCACCGGAGCGGGCAGGCUGGCGGUGGGCUGCACGGACGGCACUAUCCUCUUGCACGACCUCGAGAGCGAUGAGCCUACCGCAAAGCUGGCGGGACACGAGAAGGCUGUGUACAGCCUGUGCCUGAUGUCUGUCGAGAUCCUCGCCAGUGGGUCCGGCGACAAGACGGUGCGCACCUGGAAUCUGCGCACCAAGGAGGCACUGCAAGUGCUCAGCGGACACACGAACUUGGUGCUGGGCCUAGCGCGGCUCAGUGACACGCAGCUCGCGAGCGCCAGCGAUGACAAGACCGUCCGCUUGUGGAGCCUCGCCAAGCCGGAAGAGUGCCGAGUGCUCCAGGGGCACACCAGCGAGGUGCUCUGCCUCUGCAUCACGACCACCGGCAGCCUCGUGAGUGGGAGCGGUGACAAGACCCUCCGAGCGUGGAACCCUGAGACCGGCGAGGAGCUGCACGAGCUGCGUGGCCACGCAAACCUCUGCCAAGCCUCGCCCGAGCUCCUGGCGAGUGGCGGCAGCGACCAAACGGUGCGGUUGUGGAGCCUCAGCACCUGGGCAGCAGUGCGGGUUCUCGAAGGCCUCACGGGCUGGGUCUUCUCGCUGUGCCUCCUGGCCCCCAACCACCUCGCAGCUGCCGACAGCCGUGGCCGACUCCGCGUCUGGUCGGUGCAGAGCGGCGAGCCGCUGCACGAUAUCCAGAAGGCCCACACCAGAGAGAUCCCAGCACUGGUGAUGAUGAAGGUGCGGGGAGAGCCCGUGCUGUGCAGCGGCAGCACUGACUCGACGCUGAAGCUCUGGCAGCUGCAGGCAAGGCCCUGA